AUAUAAGUAAAAUAAAGUCGGUUGACGACGCUAAAAACGCAGAAUAUAAUGGUCAAAAGUUAACCAGUGCCGAGAAAGCUGUUUUUGAUCAUAGUUCGAUAACUAAUGAUUUAACUAAAGUAAAAGAAACUGCUGAAUUAUUAGAAAAAGUUAUUAAAGCCAAGGCAGAAACCAAAGCUAAUAGUGGUUUAUUAGUUGACCUAGAAACAGAAAAGUCUCUGAAAUCUGACAGUUACACUGCUAUUAAUAGUGUAGAUAAUAAUAAGUAUGACACUGCUAUUACUCAUUUAAAAGGAUUUGGCGAUGGUGGUGAUAAAACCGAGGAGGAGUAUAAUAAGCAAAUUAAAGCGGUUGAAAUUCAAAUCGCUGGGAAAGAUACUGAAUUAGAGAAGAUUGAAGCCGAGUAUAAAAUCUAUGUUGAGCAAUUCAAGGCUAAUGAGGCAAAAAGACAAAAAAUAGUAAAUGAAAUAAAAUCUUUAAAAAAAUUUAAAGUUGAUCUAGCCAAACCAGCAGGACCUUACGCUAUGGAAAAUACUAACUAUCUCGAAAAAAUUAUUGACGAAUAUGUUGAUACUUACACCAAGAAACCACAAGUAUAUAAAAUGAAAAUUUCUCUCGACUCAGCAAAUUUACAUGACUAUGCUAAUACGAAAGAAAGGCUUUAUGUGACAAAAAUGUCUCUUGAAUAUAUUGCAAUGCAAUUGUUUGAUAUGCUAAGGGAGUUUGGGGAGGAAGAAAUGAAUGAGGCUAUUGAUAGAAGUUCAUGCUCUGAUCCAACAAAGGCAAAAGAUAUUUUUAAAAGAUUAUUAAAAGUUAAUUGA